AUGGGGCUCAUGGUCGACUCCAAUGCCAACCUCGCGGUAGCCAAGGCGAAUUCGAAAAUGGAGCAAGUGUUCGGUAAAACCGAUCUGCUGGCUGGGGUUGCCGCUGGAAGGUUCCAGGCAGCAAUUAACAGCGAGAAGCUCAAAGGAGGAGCCAUGUUUGCCGUCUCUAACAUCAACCGCAAGUGCAAGCUCGACGUGAGCAUCGUGGUGGUCUCCCCAGACGCCCCAAAGCCGUCAGCAACAAUCUCUGUCACCGACCCGGCUACUGCUGACACCACCGACCUUUCCCUGCCUUGCGCGUGGUCCCAGCCCCGCCCCGGCGUGUGGCUGUGCGAGUGGCUCGACAACUUCCCGAGCGUGUCGGGUGCUGCUGGCACUGCAAACGCUGCUUACGCGGCUGCUUCCAGCAUGCGUGCAGCGGCCCUGCCAGGCUCGGCAGUGGAUUCGGUGUUUAAGCUGACUGUGGAGUCAGAAGCGGGGGACACUGCUGAAGGCACGCUGCGUUACACUCUCUGA